AUGUCUGAUGAGGGUCAAAAAAUAGAACCAUUAGAAAAGACGCAGGUUAUUGGCGUUCAUACAGUUCAAAAUAUUAAAAUUAACAAAGAUACCAUUAUCACUCGGAAUAUGAAAUUGGAAGCAAAAGAACGAAAAACAGCCCUAAGAGACGACACAAAUAAAGACCCGGACUGGUCGUACCAAUCAAUUCCAAAAGACGUGGCGAAACACGCACAAGAUUUUAAACGCAAUAUGUCAGAAUGCUUAAAAGAAGUACAGGCCAAAGACAAUAGACCAAUAAAACGAUUAUCACCAAAAACCGAGUCGCCGAUACACGGCGAAUGCCUCAUUGCGUGUGUAUUAAAACGGAAUGGCGUUAUAGAAAAUGGAAAAGUUCACAAAGAUAAUCUUAUCGUCCUAGUCAGUAAAUUCUACGCGAAAGAAGAUAAACUUAUAAAGAAACUUGAAAAGGGCGUGGAUCACUGCAUCAACUCCAGUAUAAAAAGUAAAGACGAAUGUUCCUUAGCAUCGCAAUUAAACGAAUGUACCAAUAAUAUCAUGGCAACUAACAAGCAUAAAUUUACUGUUGAUAUUUGAGC